AUGGCGCCUAGCCUAGUUAAGAAUGUGUGUGUGUGAAAGUGCAGUGAAAUUAUGUUAAUACCAAUUGUUUUUAGUGUUAAAUUUAGUGUAUAAGUGAAAAAAGUGUGCUUUAAUGCAGCGGUUAUCUUAUAAUGGCUUUGGAUUUACGCUUGCAUUCUCCUGCAGGCGCGGAACCCGUUGUUUAUACAUGGCCUCUUACAUCGGGUCAUGGCUCGGAAAAACACGAUGGGGCCCUGGAGAUAGUAGAAACUAUAAGGUGGGUAUGCGACGACCUACCGGAAAUGAAGGGUGCCUUGGAGAAGAACAUCCUAAGCGACUACGACACCCACUCAUACGAAAGUAUGCGAGCUCUUUGCGACCGCUUCAACCGCGCCAUAGACUCAGUAGUUGCUUUGGAAAAAGGUACAUCACUGCCAGCUCAACGCCUAAACAAGUACCCGUCCAGAGGUUUGCUGAAGCACAUUCUACAGCAAACUUAUAACCAAGCCGUUGCCGACCCAGAAAAAUUGAACAAUUACGAGCCUUUUUCACCUGAGGUAUACGGCGAAACUUCUUAUGAGCUAGUUUGUCAAAUGAUAGAUCAAAUAGAUAUAACUGCCGAAGAUGUGUUCGUGGAUUUGGGAUCAGGCGUUGGCCAAGUUGUGCUACAAAUGGCGGCCGCGACACCUUGUCGCAUCUGUUUUGGUGUCGAGAAAGCGGAAGUGCCUAGUAAAUAUGCAGAAAACAUGGAUCUAAAUUUUAGGAUGUGGAUGAAAUGGUAUGGCAAAAAAUACGGAGAAUAUAAAUUGAUAAAAGGAGACUUUUUGAUGGAUGAACAUAGAGAAAAGAUAAAUUCCGCUACAAUUGUUUUUGUGAACAAUUUUGCGUUUGGGCCCCACGUCGAUCACCAACUGAAAGAAAGAUUUGCAGAUUUAAAAGAUGGCGCGAAAAUCGUAUCAUCAAAGAGCUUUUGUCCACUUAACUUUAGGAUAACUGACAGAAACUUAAGCGACAUUGGGACCAUAAUGCAUGUUAGUGAAAUGUCACCGCUGAAAGGUUCCGUGUCUUGGACAGGAAAGCCAGUAUCUUACUAUUUACACAUAAUAGAUAGGACCAAAUUAGAGAGAUACUUUCAAAGACUGAAAAAUCCGAAACUCAAGGUCAGCAAAAGGGGAAUCCAAAACGGAUGUGAUGAGGGAGAAGGAUCUAGCAAAAGGAAUGUAAGCGCGCCACCAACGAGGCAACCUACACCCGAUUUGCUCAAUGGAAAUAGUAAUCAUAGCACCGGCUCACUGCCAGAAAGGAGAAGGAAGGUUGCGAGACCGAGACCUAUUAGGGGUGAGAACGGUAGAACGCGUGCGCGCGCCACAGUGGCGAAGCGUCGCGUGGCGCGGCGCUCGAGCGACGAGAGCGACGAGGAGUCGAGCGGCACGGACGACGCGCCGCCCGGCCCCGAGCCCGCGCCGCGCGAGUGGGGCGCGCCAUGGGCAUCCUCGUCAGACUCCAAUCGUCGCGGACGCAGCACGAAGCGCAGCGCGAGCGCGGGCGGUGCGCGGCGGCGGGCGGCGCGGGCGAAGCGGCGCCGCGCCGCGCGACCCAACAUCGCCGGCCUCGACCUGCUGCACUCCACCACGCUCGCCUCCACUAUACACAAUGGCGCUGUGACGGCGCCGCCGCCCGGGUGCGUGGAGCAGCGGCUGUCGGCGCUGGGCGUGCAGCUGCAGUCGCCGGAGCGGCUGCACUCGGAGCUGGAGAUCCCGCGCUCGCCGCACACGCCCUACAGCCUGCAGCUGCUGCUCGACAUGUUCCGCGACCAGUACCUCGCCUUCAUCGCGCGCAUGAACUCGCCCGAGUACGCGCUCGAGAUACGCAACCAGAUCGAUAAGGAGAAGGAAAGAAACCAAAAAUUAAAAUCAAGAGCCUCUCAGUUGGAUAAACAAAUAAGUGUUCUUAUUAGCGACAGUGUGGCAUUAUUGAAAGCGCGCAUGAGUGAAUUGGGUAUUCACGCUAAUAAUACGGUUGAUCUUUUGGCGAAGGCAAAGGAAAUUGUGGGAAGGCAUAAAGAGCUUCAAAGUAAAGCCAGCAAACUGCAGGCUCAGGUAAAUAAUAUAGAAGUAGAACAAGCUAUGCUUGUAAAGCAAAGAACAUUUGAGAUAACUGAAAAGUAUAGACAGCUAGGGCACAUACCGCCCGACGUUGAGAUCACGCAGAGUAUAGCGCACGAUUGCAUAUUGAAAGAAAUAUCGGCCACAUUAGCACAUAGGAAACGGUUACACGCACAAGUUGGUCACUUGCAAAAUGAAAUCAUUCAAAUGGAGAAGGCAAGUGAACAACAAAAAGCACCGACGCCGACAGUGCCUGUAGCGACUGUUAAACCGCACACAGUGAACUCGAAACCGAGAAAAUCUCGAGACCAUCGGUCCAGAUCCCAGGAUUGGCCAGAUGUGCCAGAUGUUGGCAAAAUUGAGGAACAGAACCCUGAGAUCUUGGCCCAGAAAAUACUAGAAACGGGGCGACAAAUAGAAGCUGGAAAAAUAACCAAACCAAAUGUUAUUGUGAAUGGAUAUAUAAAAGACCCAGAUCGACAUGCUGAUCACAGGCAACAAAAGGCAGCUCUUCCGAUACAUCGUUCACAAAUACCGCCGCAGCGAAGCGGUCAAGUGACGCCGCUGUCGCGUCAUUCGCCCGUCAAGUCACAGAAGCCGCUCAACGUGGUCACUAAAGUGCAGGAAUCACCUAAAGUGAUCAAUUUUGAAGAUCGUUUGAAGAGCAUAAUAACUUCAGUGUUGAAUGAAGAUCAAGAACAACGCAAAGCUUCUCGACUUGAGCCAAGACAACCAGUACCAAAUCACGCUUACAACAACGGGUACGUGCGGCCGAACGGUCCGCAUCCAGCUUACGCAGCGCGGCCGGCAUCUUCGGGGAAUGCGUCGCAAGCGUACGCUAGACCAAUGCGGGAUAUGCGCGAUCCAAGAGAAGUGCGUGAUCCUAGAGACGUGCGCGAUCCUAGAGACUUACGCGAUCCCAGAGACGUACGCGAUCCCAGAGACGUACGCGAUCCCAGAGACGUGCGUGACCCGCGGGACAUGCGCGAUCCCAGAGACGUGCGUGACUCGCGAGAAAUGCGGGACUCUCGGGACAUGCGUGACUCGAGAGAUAAGCGGGAUCAAAGAGAUAUGCGUGACGGCCGGGACACGCGCGACCCCAGAGAUGUGCGGGAGCGGGACAGUCGCGACGUGCGGGACGUGCGCCGCGAGCGGUACGGGCACGAGCGGCGGGAGCCACGCCCCUCGCACGCGCACCACGAGCCGCGCCCGCCCGACAUACGCAACCACCACCCCUCGCAACCAGAUUAUACACAGGUGUCACCAGCGAAGCUAGCGCUACGUCGGCAUUUGUCGCAGGAACGCCUGUCGGGCGGCGCGCGCACCAUCGGCGACCUGGUGAACGGCGAGAUCGAGCGCACGCUGGAGAUCAGCAACCAGAGCAUCAUCAACGCGGCCGUGCACAUGAGCGCGCGCUACCACGAGCCGCCCGCCGCCGCGCACCAGCCGCUCGAAGGGUUGGCAGCGUGUCUGCAAGCGCGCGUGCUGGCGUCAGAGUACUGGCGCGGGCGCGGCGGCGAGCAGAGCGCGGGAGGCGCGGGGCCGGGCGCGGGGAGCGGGGCUGGCGCGGGCGCGGGCGGGGGCGGGGGCGCGGGGGACGGGGACGAGCCGCGCCGCCGCACGCCGCCGCCCGACCCGCACUCCAACGCCUCCACACCGCUAGUCGACGAGCUGCCCGACCGUCCACCCGAAGGUGAGGGUGGUGAAGAAGUCGAGGAGAGCAAGUGGCAAGACCGGAUCGCAUUCCGGUUCGAUCAAAUAAUCUCGUUCGCGUCCACGGCAAUAGAGGACAAGCGACGGCGCUCGGACGAGGCGUGCAACACGUCGCCGGACUCGGGCAUCGGGGAGGCGGGCCGCGCGGCGGCGGCGGCGGCGCCCGCGCCCCCCGCGCCCUCCCCGUCGGCGCCCUCGCCGCCCGCGCCCUCGCCGCCGGCGCCCUCGCCGCCCGCGCCGUCGCCCCCGACGCACCACUUCAAGAAGCGCUUCUUCCGGCGCGAGCGCUGGAACACGUGGGCCAGCACGCCGCCGCCCGCCGUGGAGUGGGAGCGGCCGCCCAUGUGACGCUCGAGCACGUAGCGCCGCCGCGUCCGAGAUACACACUGCCCGCUUGGGAGCACGCGUCUCGCCUCCGCGAUCGAUACGCUUCCCGCAUAUUGACUAUCGAUUUUAUUUGUUAUUUUUUUUUCGAAUAUAUAAUGUAAUUAUGUAUAUUAUUGAGUUUAUUUUACGUUUAAGAAAUGUAAUUAUUUAAUGUUAGUUUCUAUGUCGUUUUCCGGAACGCAGCGAACGAUCGCGCCGCGGCGAAAUGUAUUUCAUGUGUUCAUUUAGCUCUUAGAAUUCGAAAUACACGAUUCGGUGAUUGUGCAACGGUUCGUUUUUACUCCGGUUUAGAUGGAUGUUUGUUGUUUUGUGUUUCGUUUUUGAUGUUAUGGUGAGCUCUGUCUGAAUAAUGUGAAUCAUUUCUUUGAGUAUGUCUUUAAUAAAUUAGAUAAUUGUAUCGUUAAUGAACUUGUAAAUACAACAGAUGAAUGUAAUGAUAGUAUGGAUAGAAGGUUAGAUUAAUUCGAUUAUAAUUAUUAUAAAAUAUGCUUUAAAGAAGCUCCAUAUACUGCCGUUUACAUAGCCGCUGCCUUAUGGUACAUACUUGACUUGAAUCUACAAUAGUCAUUCAAUGUAACAAUGGUCUAGAAUACAUUAUGAUAAUCAUGUUGAACACGGCUUAGUCUUAAUGUAGUCAAGUGAACCAUAAUAAUGUUCAAUAAAAUGUGAUAUUAUAUCAAUUUUUACUAAAAAGAUCAAAAAAUCUUUAUUUUCAUAUCCAACGAAAUGAGGUAAACUAUAUGCCGGCUUGUAAAGUAACAAUAGAAGCUAUGGUAUUUAUACAGCUGAAAGUUUGCAUUCUUAUACAAUUAAAAAAUAUGUUCAAACUGAUGAAAUAUUAAUAACAUUUCACCAUUUUCAUAAAGGAGACAGAAAUACUGUAUAAUAGUGUAUGAAAUGUCUUAAACUGUGCAAGCUUGAAUAAAUGUAAAUAAUAUUUAAAUUUUUAUAUUGGAAAUUUUAUUUGACUGAUUUUACUAUGUUUGACGGGCGCAAUGUCUUGGUGGUGCCAAAAAAUUGAACAAGUUGUAAAUAGACACAUGAUUGUAACUUAAAAUUUAGGUAAAUGCACUUAGGUAAGAAGUUAUAUUUCAAAAUGCAGGUGAACAAUCAUGAUAUAAUUUUUUACUGAAUAAUAGCAGUUAUUGGCAAGAUGUUCAAAAAUAGCCUUAUAAAUAGUUCCUUUCAGUCGAAUACAAGGGACACUAAAUUUUUUUACAUAUUCAAUUGUAAAUAGAUAUGCAUUUUAUAUUUAAGUGAAAUGCAUUAUUAGUCAAUAAUUCGUAGUUCUCGCUAGGAACAGGGUCAAUAUAGAAUGAAAUGUUAAUUCCCACAUUUGUAUAAUACAAAUAUCACGUCGAGUUCCAUAAUAAGUAUAAAUUGCAUAACAAUUAACCUGGAAUGUAAUAUUAAAUACUGUCGCUCACGAAAAAAUAUCCGCCUUUUAGACGUAAGGCUUACAUUUUAUAAGGUCUGAAUGGAUUUCAUAGAACUUUUUUUGGGAUUAUUAAGUAAAAAAAAUCAUGAAGUGCUAUUUUAUAUCAUUUUAAGUUACCGGUUAACCUUUCCAAAAUUAUGUAACAAAAAUCACGACAUUUAUUAUGCUUCAAAUAUAUACUUAGAAUUUUUGUCAACAACUCCUUAGUAACUCUAAUCUGUUUCUUGAAAAUUGAUUUUUCUCCUCUUCAAUUUCCACAUAGGACCAUCUUAAGAGGAAUGAGCAUUUUAAGCCCAUUUAUUUUUUAUUAUUAAUAAAGAACAUAGAAUAUCGCUAGCAAACUGGGCAAUAAGCAGAAUCCAUUACAUAAUAAAAUGCUCAUAGCCUCACAAUAAAAAAAUCAUGUCAUGUCAACAUUAGUAUUAAAAUGUACUCGAAUCAAGGUGAAAUUUGAGAUCAUUGUUAAAAGAAAGAGAUAUAUAUUGAUAAAUGCUUACAAUACAUAAAUGACAAUAUCAGACAAUGUGCUUAGAUACUGAAUUUGAAAUGAACAAAUAUAAAACCAAUUUUUGUCAAAAGUAUCACGUCGUUUGUGUAUUUUAAACAUUGGAGUGCACUGGCUUGAUUGUGCCUGAUACUCACCAAUGCCGCUCCAAACCUCAAAAUUAUGUAUUGGUAUAAGACGUAUGUAAGUUGAAUUAAUAAUUGGUUCGGAAUUACCAUAAGUAAGGUAGUAUUAUAUAUUGGCAUACGAUGUAGCUUGACCAGAUCUCGAAGAGUGAUUGCAUUAUUCAGUUUUGACUAACUUUUAUUUUUAUUUGGGGAAAAUGAGCUAAUCAGUGUGACGUUAGUGUCUAAAAUAGUACAAAUGAGAAGACUUAUUGUCGUAAGCCUCGGACUAUUCAUCAAUUGCAAAUGCUAGGUUUGAGAUGUAUCCCUGUGUACUAGUUUUAUUUUGUACUAAAAGUUAAAAUAAAUGAGUAAUAAUAA